UGCCCCGAGUGCCGGGAGUUCUGCCCCGCGCGCACCGAGCUGCGCCGCAACGUGCCACUGAGCGACGUGGUCGAGGUGGUGCGCGCCGAGCCUCCGGCGCCGGCCCCGAACCCGGACCCCGACCCGGGCGCGCGCUGCCCGCAGCACGGCCGGCCGCUCGAGCUCUUCUGCCGCACCGACGGCCGCUGCGUGUGCAGCUCGUGCACCGUGGGCGACUGUCGCCUCCACGAGCGGGUGCUGCUGGACGUUGAGCGCCGGGAGCGCGAGGCCCAGCUGAGAGCCAUGCUGGAAGUCACCCGGCAGCAGGCCACCCAGGUCGAGAGCCAGCUACAGGAGCUGCAGCAGCGAAGCAGCCAGAUCCAGAGCUCGGCCUGCAACCUGGCUUCCGUGGUCUCUGGCAAGUUCAGCCGCCUGCUGCAGGCCCUGGAGAUGCGUCGCAUCAAGGCACUGAGGGCCAUCGAGGUGGCCAAGACACAGGCACUGGCGCAGGCCCAGGAGGAGGAGCAGCGGCUACGGGGCCACCUGGAGGCCACGGCUGUCUUUGACCGCUGGACCCAGGACCUCCUGGAGCAGUCCGACCGAACCUUCCUCCAGGGAUCACAGCUCCUGGCGCCCCCAGGGCCUCUUGGGCCGCUGAGCCCUCCACAGUGGGAUGCAGAUCAGCAGCUGGACGGCCUGAAGGAAUUUCUGAGCCAGCUCUGUGGCCUCCUCCUGGACAAUGGGGACCCCCGCGGGGCACCAGCUGAGGCGGCUGACUUGGGUCCCCCCGAGACCCCAGAUGCCCUGGCGUUGGUCCCAAGCCCGGUUUGUUCGCUGAGGAGGAAACUCUGGCAGAAUUAUCGCAAUCUGACCUUCGACCCGGAGAGUGCCAACCGCCACCUUCACCUGUCUCGGCAGGACCGGCGGGUGGAGCACCGGCGAGAGCCCCGAGGCCCGGCUGAGCCCGGCAGCUUCGAGCUCUGGCAGGUGCAGUGCGCCCAGAGCUUCCAGUCUGGGCGGCACUACUGGGAGGUGCACACAUCGAACCACUUGGUGACAGUGGGCGUCGCCUACCCGGACCUGGCACGGCGCAAGCUGGGCCCCUACACG